GAUUCGAGUCUUGUGACAGUGCGGCGAGCAGGAAAAAACGUCGCUUGAGCUGAUAAGGAGUUUCCGUCGUUAAGUCAUCCAGAUUUCUCUCACAAACGAGAGAAAUCAAAAAAAGUUAGCUAUGGCGCAUCUUUAGGACAUUUGACCGUCUUAAUAACAUUCCUGUCCCUCACACAGACGCUGUAAGAGCGGGUUGAAGUCGCAUGGGGAGAGCGGAGGAACUUUCAUCUGAUCUCUGUUUUGGUUUUUGUUUGUGUUAGUCCAGUGAUCAUCCACCUUAAAGCAACUCGAGAAGAUUCCGUGUUAGUUUGGUGAAGUGGACAGGACGCCCCAGACCGAAUAUGGAUACUAAACCUCUUCUCCAGGACAGACCUCCAGCGUACAACACAGUCCCGGCCGCGUACGACCACGGCUCGAUCCCCGCGGCCGCUGCACCCGCCGCCGGCUUCCAGCCUCAGGCUCCGCCGCCGUACCAAGGUUUCCCAGCUGCCACGUCAGGUUUCCCAGCAGCGCCUGUCGCCGUAGCCGCCCAGCCAGCCUACACCAGCACCUACACCAUCGUCCAGCCCUCUGUGGUGGUGGUGGGGGGAUGUCCCGCCUGCAGGGUCGGCGUGCUGGAGGAUGAUUUCACCUGUCUGGGAAUCAUGUGUGCCAUAUUCUUCUUUCCUCUGGGAAUUCUCUUCUGCCUGGCCCUGCGUCAGAGGAGAUGUCCAAACUGUGGAGCCACUUUCGGCUAGAGGGACCAAAACCCAGUCGACAUCUUUUUUAAAAAAAAAAUCAGUUUUAAGCAUCAGCAUAGUUUAUUCCUAAUCAACCGCACAUAAACGCCAAACGUCGCUUACGUAACUACGAUAAAUGACAGAUCCAAAUAGUAACCAGCCACAAACUCUUUGAUUAUCUUGAGAAGGUGCAUGUGACGGGCUGGCCAUGUUUAUAGUUUUUACAUGCCUCGCAAGCACUAUUUGCCAUUUUUUUUGUUCUUUAUUUAAGAUCUUAAAGCCAGUCUCCAGUCGUCUAAUCACUAGUGCCUUUAUGAUGGCAGAGAGAGCAUGAACUGAACGAGCCGGGACUCACUGAGGGGAAAUCCCACACGACUCUGGACAAACGCCGACUCACUUUGAGUAACAUUGUGUGUUGUGUAAAUUAAACAUUUGAUUCGCUUCACUCAUGUAUUUUCACUUCCGUCACACAACGUUUGCUCUCGUGUCUAGAAAUAAGCAUCACUGUUGUUUCUUUUUUUGUUGACCAUAAUAUGCUCCCUAAUCAGUUAGUUAAGAUCAAAAAGCAUCUUCUGUAUUAAUUUUUUGUGCUCGAUUUAAAAACACUGUGUUAUUUGUAUAUUUUGGAUUUAUGAAUCAGUUCUAGACCACAUUCUUUCUCGAGGGUUUGUUAUUUCGGGGUCCAUGUUAUCGUCGUACUGCACUGAUGAUUAAUGUUAUAUGUGCUGGGUUUUCUGAAAGCAUCUUGGGGUAAAUAUGCAGUUAUGUUUCACUCGCUGGACCUCAGCCAUCUCCAGGUUAAACUAAAAACCUGCAAUAAACAAGGGAAGUUGGCAUCUAGACAAUGUGAUACGUCACCAAAGGACAUGUGGUUACUCUUUGACAAUGGAAUUUUUUUUUUUUCAGUGACCGACAAUCAGUCUUGGACGUGUCUGGUGUGAUUUCUUUCAUGAUGUGCUCAUACCAUACACUAGACACACUGUUAGGAUCAGUUAGAACUUUUCUACAUUAAGAAAGAUUGUAAAUAAAUUCUACAAGUGUUGCUUUUUGUGUUGGUUGCUUAUAUUGGACGUUCUAGAAAUGUCAGUGUAUUAGAACAUUUUGAACUUCCUCAUCAAACUUAUCAGAUCUUAUAUAUUACGAAUUUAUUUCCAUUUUAGAGUUGAUCAAAAGUGACGGUAAACAUUUAUAAUGUUAUAAUUUCAAAUAAACCCUGUUCUUCAUUCAUAUUCUACUGAA